UUUGCCACCGCCUUUUCAGUCGCGGGACCGCCUUAGUCGGCAGAGCGGAGCGGCAAGCGCGGGACGCGGAGGAGAGGGCGAGAACCCGAACCGCAGGCGCGCGCGCGUGCCGUGAGGAAGGGAAAGGCCGAACGAGGGGAGGCAGCUCGUUCGCGCGAGGGGCGCCGUCGGAGUCUCCACGCGGAGCGGAGCGGGCGAGCGAGCGAGCGAAGGAGGGAGGAAGGCAGAGCAUGGCGCUCUCGCUGCCGGUCAACGGGGUGAAGGAGGGCGACAAGGAGCCGCUCAUCGAGCUCUUCGUUAAGGCUGGCAGUGAUGGUGAAAGCAUAGGCAACUGUCCCUUUUCUCAGAGACUCUUCAUGAUUUUGUGGCUCAAAGGAGUGGUAUUUAGUGUAACAACAGUUGACUUAAAAAGGAAGCCUGCAGAUCUUCAGAACUUGGCUCCAGGAACCCACCCACCCUUCAUAACAUUUAAUAAUGAAGUGAAAACUGAUGUGAACAAGAUUGAAGAGUUCCUUGAAGAAGUUCUCUGCCCACCCAAGUAUGCAAAACUUUCACCAAAACAUCCAGAAUCAAACACUGCCGGAAUGGACAUCUUUGCUAAAUUUUCAGCCUUUAUCAAGAAUUCCAGGCCUGAAGCAAAUGAAGGCUUGGAAAGGAAUCUUCUGAAAACACUUCAGAAGCUGGAUGACUACCUGAAUGCUCCUCUCCCAGAUGAGAUUGAUGAGAACAGCAUGGAGGAUGUCACGACUUCCACCCGCAAGUUUCUGGAUGGAGACGAGAUGACACUCGCAGAUUGCAACCUGUUGCCCAAACUCCAUAUUGUCAAGGUGGUGGCUAAAAAGUAUCGUGACUUUGAUAUUCCCAAGGCAAUGACUGGGGUCUGGAGGUACCUGAUGAAUGCCUACGGCCGCGAUGAGUUCACCAACACUUGUCCUGGAGACAAGGAGAUCGAAAUAGCUUACAGCGACGUAGCCAAGAGACUCACGAAAUAAGCAGCACCUCACGCACGUGCAUAACAACGCUUCUUUUAACAGACGUCUCCCUUUUUGUCUUUUUAAGAUAGCAAUUUACUUUGCAUGUAUUUGCAGUUAUGCAGUAUUACGUUGGGUAGAACAGAUACAGUAAUUUGUUUUUAAAAAUGCAAACUGAUAUUAUGCUGCUUACCUUUUUGCCUCCUAUAAUGAGGUGAAUGCAGUGGUUAAUUUUGCAGUGAAGCAAUUUGGCUGAGUGGACCUCUGCUCGCUAGCAUGGUCUGCAGAUACUUGAGCCCACAGUGGCUGGGGGGCCAGUGUACAUAGUUCAAUGAACUAGAUGGACCGACCCACUUCGGGGUGUGGGUGGGUUGCAGAGCUGAACACUCUUUCCAUUUCUUGCGCUCUGACUUUGGAGGAAGAUUGGUUCAGCCUAUCCUUUUUUGCUCAAGUAUUUUUUAUGUGCAGAGCAUUUUUCAUGGGGGGAUCUAUAUAGUCUCUUCACCCCUUCUCCCAAGGAAACUUAGUCUAGGAAAGUGUUACCUCUUGAUACUGCUGAUCAUGGAAAGUGGCUCUGAGAUCUCCAGUUGAAUCUGGGAUUCUUACAUCAGUCCAGGGGCACUUCCUGAUGGUGAUUUACGGAGCUUGGGAAUGCUGUAGCAGCUCUCCGAAACACUUCUGUUGGUCUGUUUGAAUGACAUACGAGCGCUGUUACUGCCUUUGGCAAAAAGAACUACUUUUGAAAUACUUGGGCAAAGACCUUGCAAAAGGCAGAUUUGAACAAGCUGAGUUACCAGAAACUGUUGCUCAGCAAACUAUACUCUAGGAGUUGGGGAGGGAGAGGGGAGGUGUAACCUUAAUUGCGUAUUCUUGAAGAGGUCUAGAAUUUUGCUGUAGUUCCUCCAGAUGAUUGGAUCACAUCCAAUCUCCCUUGGUCAUAAAGCAUCAGUACAGGAGGUCCUUCUUUCAUGGUGCAAACUAAUAACCUGAGGGUGUAACAGCAGUUGGUUUCUUUUUAAGGCCCUGAACAUGCAGUCCAACAUACUUGAGACAGAAAAAGCCCAGUCACUCCUGACAUUCACUAGCUGGAAUAGCUGCCUGAUGCUGGAAUUUGUAGGCCAUGUUCCUGUCUCAGGUUGCAUAGGGAUGCUCCCUAAGGGACUUAUCAAUUUGUAGAAUUUACUUCCUAAGUAACUGUCACUCAAAAACUGAGCUGUCACGUGGCCUAGGGAAAGUACGAAGCCUUUUCUCAAGAAAGAGUUACUAUUACGUUGCAAGUUAGAAGUACAGUGGCUGGGUGCCAGACACCUUUCCUUUCUCACUUUGCUAAAGUCAGGAUCUUGCUCUUUUUUUAUUUAAAGCAACAUACAAGUGACCUUCGCAAACUAGAGUCUUUGCCUUAACAGACCAUGUACGUAAUCCAAUUGCAAUGAUUCUGUCCGAGGAAUAAGCCAAGUGUGAGGUUUUCAGUCCUACGUCCACUAGUUUCUUUGUCUGAGGGUUGCUUUUGUACCUCUAUAAUUUUUCCUGCCACAGUCAUCAUGUUUCAGGUCAUUUGUGUUUUUUCUAUAAUAUCAAGGAAAACUAAUGUAGUUGAAAAAAGCAAAAAUUGUACCACUAAAUUGGAUUUUCUUUAAUAAAGUAAGGCCAGAGUUUGAGGUAUGGAGCAACUUUUUCAUUUAUUUUAAAUGCCAUCAAGGACACCUCCAAGGAACAUUAGAUUCACCAGCAUACUUUUUCUCUUACAUACUAUUUUUUGUAAAGUUUAAGGACAUUUGUUAAUUGACAUCUCUCUGGCAGUCAAGAAGUACAGCUUCAUUUAGGUUUGUAUGCUGCUGCAGAAGCAAGUCCCACUGUGUUUACUUACUCUUGAGUUAGAAUGCACAAGAUUGGAGCCUGAGGUACUGAACAUAAGCGCAGAGCACAGAAGAGGAUUAUGAACCGAUUUUUUUUAUAGCUUUUGGGUAUAAGUCCUCAUAUUAAUACUUAAGGUGCAAUCCUUGCAGGUUUCCGGAGAAAAAAAAGAUACACAGCUCCCAGCAUGCCCCAGCCUGCAUGCUGCAAGUUGUAGGGUUUUUUGGCCUAAACCUGCAUAGGAUUGCAUCUUUACAGUGUUCCACUGAUUUGCUUCAAGGAUCGCAAUGAUUUCAGUAAUAGCUUUUUUUUUUUCAUUAAACAUGACACUGCGGUGCCAUCUUGCUCCUUCUAAGAUGUAAAAUAUGCUAUACUGGCACAAUCCUUUCUCUGCCUAUGCUGUUGCAACACAUGGACUCAAAACCUUCUCUAGGUCUCUCAUGAGUACUAAAACACAAGCCACCUCAAUCAUUUGUGUCAUCAACUCCUAGUUUGUCACAACUGAAAUCUGCUCUGAGUUCUCGCUGAUUUGCCUGUGUUGCCUUUUGGUCUACUGACCAACCUGGUGUUGCCUAUUCAGUAAUGAGGUCACAAAAUGGUAGAAUUGCAUUUGUAACGACAUGGUGGACUUUUAAAUGGUAGGUGGGUGCUGAACUUUCCCAAUGCCCCUGCCGGCGUGGCCUUCCAGUUGUCACCUCUCUCGGCAGACUGAAUACUCAGCGUUGUAGAGCUGGCCCCUUCAGACUGAUCGCGUCUGGAUGCAGUGCAGACCCAGAACAUGGAGAACCCUGUCUUACUGAGCAUGAGCUGGUGGACAGUGCCGUGCCAUUUCCGCUUUUCUAAUGCCAGCUACAGCCAAGUCAUCCAGGAAGGGCUGAUUUCACAUGCUGUCUAAGAAUUCCAAAACAGAACUUGGUCCCCUCAAAGCCAGGCUCGUGUUGGAGUAAAAAGCUUGACGUGCCAGUUUAGGGGCUUGGGCUUCAGACAGCCCUCCCAUACUAAUGGGGAGGAGUAAAGUGGGAGCUAGUAGGCCGCAUUCACCAACAUGCAAACUGGCUCACAAUAAGCCAAGAUUCCCCAGAAUUCUGUCUUCUUGUUGGCAUGUCAAUACAGUAAUGGUGAACUAGAACAAAAUGUAAAGGGUUGGAAGAAGAUAGAAAGAUAUGGGCUGUUAGUCUAAAUUUUGCCAAAUGACUGUGUACACACCACCUGUUGCCUAAUUGCUUUUUUUCUAUUUGGUUACUAAAUCCAGUUAUCCCAGAAGAGGUGGUUGGAUGAUUUUGGACAUGGGAACAUUUCCCUUAAUGAUUCAGGAUACGAGUUAAGAUCUUUUCUGUAACCUAAUUAAGUUAACACCUCCCACCUGCAUCAAUCAAAAGGGAGGGAGCAGCUUUCAAGUUAAUUUAAACUGUACUGUAUAUCACCUAGGACAAUCUUUCAUUUGAUACUGGCUGUGCCUUUGCACUGUUCAAGCAACUUAAUAUUUGAAAUACUGGAAGUGAUUAAAUUUAUAUGUGUGAUUCUAUUCAGCUAGAACAGGGAAGUUUUUUGAAAAUAGAUUUCUGAAAACAGCCUUAGCUUUCUGUCAAGAAUGAUGGUUUCUUCUCUGGCCAGUUAUCCACUGUGUAUAGUCAAGGUAAUUGCUCCCACAUGUUAGGGUACACAUAAUGAUCAUUUGAGUGUCCUCAACAGCUCACAUAGAUGAAAGUGGUGCAGUUUCUGCUGAGGGGCUAUGUCCCACCAUCAGUAUAGCUAUCUUUUGUCAUGGUUAGUUAGAAGGCCAUUAGUUGGUAUCUGUUUUAGUUUGUCAGAUUAAUAGCAUUCAUUGGUGAAACAGACUGACCAGCUUUCUAGAAGAUUGAGAGAUUCCAUCUUGAUUUUGUUGCAGUUUAAGGUUAGAAAGGAGGGAAAGCUUUAGUCCAGAACUUGGAAAAUCUCCCUCCUCUGCUUGAGCUGUGAUACAUACUGUAUAGUUUAGGGGUUGUGGAGAAUUAAUUACUGUAAAGAAUUAACUAUAUGUGUCAUUAAUGAUCUUGCUGUCUGCCAGUUUCUUACAAAACUGACCUUUUAUGUUCAUCCUGUUUCAAUUUUCAAACAUUCUGGAUUGGAUCCAGGUUAGUCAGAGUGAACCUAGUGAUAUGGGUACAAGACUUGAAUGAAUCAUAACUCAGUGAAGUCCUAUUGAUCUCAAUAGGUUGACUCUAUCUGGGUACGGCAUUCUGCUUCCAGCCAUCCUAAUUAACAGAAGUAGGAACUCUUCUCUUAGAAAUUUCUCCCUCUGCCAGAUCGUCCUUGGACUUGUGAGCAUGGGUGGAUAGUCACAUGAGAACCAGAAGUGCAAGCAAAAGCAGCUUAUGCUGGACUGUAGCCAGUCCUUAAACCGAGUUGCCCUGAUGACAUCAGAUGUGGGCAAGCGGCCACAGGUGGCACAACUCCUCCUAUACAGUCGUCACGUUAUUUGGUCUUUCCAAAUAGCUUUCUGGAGGCAUGAUGAACUCCUCCUGCAUUAAAAAUGAUUCCAGUUCCCAUUCAGAGUCACUUUCCCCAAAUCUGUUUCCUCCAGAUACAUUAGACUACAGCUCCCAUAAUUCCCAGCCAGUCUGGCCAUGGGGAAGACUAUGUGAGCUGAAUGCUUAGCAGGCCCGAAGGGCACGAAAUUGAAGAAGGCUGACCCAAAGUUUCUUUAUUCUAACAUCAAAUAUUCCCAGAACUGGCCUAACCGUAGGCCAGGAGGUGUAUUGCAAAUGGCGGUACAUGCGGGCCCGCUCCCGUGUGUCUUCCAGGUGCUGCUGGUGUCGGCACUGGUUAGGGCGGGCAGAGUGGAAACUGGAAGGCAACCCAUGAGGCACUCGGGAGGGUCUCCUGUGCCACCUUCCUGAUGCCACUCGUGUUCAUUUCAGCGGGAGAUGUCCCCUGUGGGUUGUGCCCAAGGAUCCUGGGGAAGUACAGGGAGGGCAGAGAUGCAGAAUGCCUCAAGCCAUACUGGGGGCCGUGGGGAACGUGCUAGCCCUGCUCCUUCCCCUCCCCAAUGUGUAGGGAUGACCCUGCCUUUCCUACGGAAGAGUAUUUAGCUAAAAGCUUCCUUGGCAGCCAGGCAAUGCUAAUUUGUGUUCCUUUCAGCUGUGACAAUGAAAGAAGCAGUGUCACCUCAAGCCGUAAUUGCUGAUAGACGUGCAUGUUCCUUCUUUUCUUCUGGAACAUAUCUGAAAAGAAGAUUAUUUGGGGGAGGGGCAGAUACUUUUUUUUUUUUUUUGGUAUUUUAAUCUGCUCACCUAUCGUGAGUGGGAACAAAUUCCCAGGGUAGGCAGGACAUUAAUUUUUGCUUUUGUAUAGAGAGAUACCUAGAGUCUCCAUAUGACAUACUGUAAUAUGCUUGUCUCCUCACUUUUCUGGAAUAUCUUUUACAGAUAUACUGGCAAACUGCUGGCAGCUAUUGUUUUAAAGAAUAAAAUUUAUAUUUUCACUUA